AUGGAGGAGUCGACGAGAAGAGUGGGUCAAUGGAGCUGGUGGCCGGUAGUAGAGAUUGCCGGCUGGGCUUCGGCCGGCCUGCUUAUCCUCAUCGCCGUCAUCGUCGGAGUGGUGUUGGUCGUCCGACGGAGGCAGCAGUCCCAGGAGGCCCGAGCGGCACGUGCCUUGUUGGGUGUUUCUUCCAGGCCCGGCGGAGAGCUGACACCCAGCACUUCGGUGCCCAGUUGCGUCAGCAGUAUGUCUGGAGAUGCCAUGGCUGCCUUGGAGAUUAACCAUCAGGGCAACAUCCCAUCCUUGGCCAAAAGUCCAAGUGUGCCAUGCUGCGUCCGGUUCAUGUAUCCCAUCUUCACACUCCUGUGCUGUGGGCUGUUUGUGCUUGCAGAUCUUUUGGAGACAGCUCGGGUGAACGUGGACCUCCUGGUCUCCGGGGCACCGCAUCACAGCGAGUGGGAGUGGUCAGGGACCAUGGCCUCCCUGACGCUCCUGAAGGCUGCCCAGGAUGCCUGGCGGGCCGAUGCCCGGGCUACCUCCAUCGUUCUCUUUUUCCUGAACGGGAUCUGGCCGUUUCUCCAGACCGGCGUGCUGCUGAUUGUUUGGUUUCUGCCCGGUUGCUGUCUUCCUCCAUCAACCCGAGGACGUUUUCUGCGUUGCUUCGCGGCCUUUGGAAAAUGCGGUUUGUCGUUUCCAUGGCUCGUCUCCAUUUGGGCCGCACUUUGCCAACUGCAGUGGCGAGGUCAACAAGUAUCUGCUGACUUCAGUAUGUUUCUGGAAAAGGGCUUCUUUCUCUUCCUCGGAGCUGCCAUCCUGACCAACGUGUUGGGGUACGCCGCCGAUCACUACCACUAUGUGUCGACAAGGAUGGCGCUGUCGAGUUCGCCUUGGACCCGAAGCGAGAGCGGGUACAGCCUGCCCCUCAAGGCAUAUUCCAAGUGGAGGCACUGGCCCACGAUUCUUUGUCCACUUGUUGCUGUGGCCACAGCAGGGUCGGCCUACAUCACUGCGUUCUCCGUUUCGCUCACAGGUUCAAAGUCGCCUGCAGUGGUGAACGCAGAGGCAGAGGCGAAGGUCCAUUUGAAGUACAUCAGGAGUUACAGCCUCCUCUCUUUCGGCUUGGAGUUUCCGGACAUCUCGGAAGCAGAGGCCUGCUCCAGGCUGCUGCAGGCGACCUUCCUGAUCACGUCCUUGAUGGCACCCCUAUUGCUGGCAGGUGUCUUGUGGUGCGCUUGGAUUUUACCACUGCAGCCCAAGACGCAGAAUGCUCUGCUCAAGUUUGGUUACGCCCUGGAUGCCUGGGUGGCGCUUGACGUGUUUGUGGCCGUUGUUGCCCUUGCCGCCUUGGACUUCGGAAAGAUCACGACGUACGCUGAACACGACGGUGCCAUGCUGGAAGCAUGUACAUGGCUGGAGACGGAGCUUUCCCAAAAGUCGUGCCUUGGUGCCAAUGUGAAGCUUGAGAAAGGCUUCGGUCUCCUUGCAGCUUCCGCCAUUGCGCUCUUGAUAGUGCCCAAGGUGGUUCUCCGAGCAUGCAGCAAAGCCGCUCAGCAACGAGACGAGUUGAUUGGCAGAGCCCGGGCGUCAUCUGCCCUGGCCGCGGCUUCGCUGACAAUUUAA